GCAGGGGUCGGACACGGAAGAGCCGGAAAUCGCACAGCAAGGUUCAAUUGACAUGGAGAGUAUGUACUUCCGAACCAAAGCCUUGUUGGACCAACGAGAGGAGCAGCAAUCACAACUUGAGGAACAGAUGGAGAGCGCCUUGCGCGCGAAGGCCUUCCUCGAGGCCGAGAUCUUUCGACAGCAAGGGCUGAACGCCUCGUUGAAGGCCCAGCUUUCUGAAGCCAAGUUCGAGCUGCUUCGAGGUCGCGAGGAUGCCUUGGAGGUGACGUCAAAGUUGGAAGACAUGGAGGCGACGCUGAGGGACCAGGACGGGGAGAAGCAGAAAUUGCAGCAGGAAGUGCAGAGCUCCAAGGGCGAAUCGGAGCGGCUGCGUGCAAUGUUGAGGCUGUGUACAGAACGAAGCCAAGCCAGAGAAGGAAAGAUGAAGACAUUUAUCAAAGAACUGGCCCAAAAGCAUGAGCAAACCAAAGCUGUGCUUUCAAAGUCCCAACAUCGUGAGUUGGAGCUUCAAGCGCAGAUUGCAGAAGUCCAGAGUGCCCAUGUAUCUUUGCAAGACCAGUUGUCCAAGCAGCAGGCAGAGAAUGCCAGUCUGAAGGAAGAUCUGCAAGGGGUGAAAGCAGAGGAUUCCUUGAGGACAUCCCAGGAAUUGCAAAGCUACAAAGACGAAGUGGAGCGCUUGAGUGCGAAGUUGAAGCAAUGCGCAGAGCACGGCAAGGGCUCAAAUGAAACCUUGGAGGAAUCUAUGGCAGAACUUGCACAGAAGCAUGAGCAAACCAAAGCUGUGCUUUCAAAGUCCCAACAUCGUGAGUUGGAGCUUCAAGCGCAGAUUGCAGAAGUCCAGAGUGCCCAUGUAUCUUUGCAAGACCAGUUGUCCAAGCAGCAGGCAGAGAAUGCCAGUCUGAAGGAAGAUCUGCAAGGGGUGAAAGCAGAGGAUUCCUUGAGGACAUCCCAGGAAUUGCAAAGCUACAAAGACGAAGUGGAGCGCUUGAGUGCGAAGUUGAAGCAAUGCGCAGAGCACGGCAAGGGCUCAAAGGAAACCUUGGAGAAAUCUAUGGCAGAACUUGCACAGAAGCAUGAGCAAACCAAAGCUGUGCUUUCAAAGUCCCAACAUCGUGAGUUGGAGCUUCAAGCGCAGAUUGCAGAAGUCCAGAGUGCCCAUGUAUCUUUGCAAGACCAGUUGUCCAAGCAGCAGGCAGAGAAUGCCAGUCUGAAGGAAGAUCUGCAAGGAGUGAAAGCAGAGGAUUCCUUGAGGACAUCCCAGGAAUUGCAAAGCUACAAAGACGAAGUGGAGCGCUUGAGUGCGAAGUUGAAGCAAUGCGCAGAGCACGGCAAGGGCUCAAAGGAAACCUUGGAGAAAUCUAUGGCAGAACUUGCGCAGAAGCAUGAGCAAACCAAAGCUGUGCUUUCAAAGUCCCAACAUCGUGAGUUGGAGCUUCAAGCGCAGAUUGCAGAAGUCCAGAGUGCCCAUGAAUUGCAAAGCUACAAAGACGAAGUGGAGCGCUUGAGUGCGAAGUUGAAGCAAUGCGCAGAGCACAGCAAGGGCUCAAAGGAAACCUUGGAGAAAUCUAUGGCAGAACUUGCACAGAAGCAUGAGCAAACCAAAUCUGCGCUUUCAAAGUCCCAACAUCGUGAGUUGGAGCUUCAAGCGCAGAUUGCAGAAGUCCAGAGUGCCCAUGUAUCUUUGCAAGACCAGUUGUCCAAGCAGCAGGCAGAGAAUGCCAGUCUGAAGGAAGAUCUGCAAGGGGUGAAAGCAGAGGAUUCCUUGAGGACAUUCCAGGAAUUGCAAAGCUACAAAGACGAAGUGGAGCGCUUGAGUGCGAAGUUGAAGCAAUGCGCAGAGCACGGCAAGGGCUCAAAGGAAACCUUGGAGAAAUCUAUGGCAGAACUUGCACAGAAGCAUGAGCAAACCAAAGCUGUGCUUUCAAAGUCCCAACAUCGUGAGUUGGAGCUUCAAGCGCAGAUUGCAGAAGUCCAGAGUGCCCAUGUAUCUUUGCAAGACCAGUUGUCCAAGCAGCAGGCAGAGAAUGAUGAUCUGAAAAAGUUGCAGCUUGCGGAGGCAGAGGAAGCUUCCAAGUUGCAAGAGAUGGUGAUUCAGAAGGACCAGGUGCUGUCGACGCUGGGCCAAAGCCUGGAGCAGAAAAGUGUGCAACUGAAGGCAGUUGGGAAACAACUCGACAAGGUGCUUCGCAAGGCUCAGCGGACAGAGAAAGACCUGGCGACCGCGGAGGAGCUGACGAAGCAGAGCGCCUUGACCAGCUUCAUCCUCUAUGUGGCCUUGGUGGCCCGAAAUCUCUACAUCCACGGCCGCUGGGUCUAUGAAGAGGAGCUACGACAAGGGCUGCAGCAGGGGCAAGAGGAGCUCUUGUCCGUCCGUGCCUCCUCGCGAAUGGAACGGGAAGCCUUGGUGCACGAGGCGAAGACGCAUCAAGCGAAGCAAAAGGAGAGGAUUGCACUGCUCCAGGCCAAGACGUGCGAACUGAAAGAUCAAGUGGCGAAGGCUCAACAGCAGAAGGAUGCAGUGCAGCACGAAGCCAUGGAGUUGACGGCUCGCUGCUCGAAGUUGGAAGGUGACGUGUCUUGCUACACAGCUCGGUAUGCUGCAAUCGAAUUCAAAUUGCAUGCAGCGCAAAGCGACGCCCUCCAAAACGCCGAGGCUGCAGAGUUGGAACGCCAGAAGCUGCAAGAAGAUCUAAGUGACUACCAGGGAAAGACUCGCAUGUUGCGGCAGGAUUUGGAGAAGGCGGAGCUACGAUUGCAAGAGGCUGAGCAGCACGCCGCCCUUGCAGCAAGCGAACAUCGGAAUUUGAACCAAGAACUGCAUGAUGCCAAGAGCAAAGAGUCCAUUUUGGAGACGGCAUUGACCAGUCAGCGAGCCGAAAAUCUCGCACUACAGCAAGAUUUGGAACAGGCUGAAGCUCGAUCUGUGGAGCUUCAGAGCGAUUUGAUGAGAAGCGCCGGGGAGGUUCAACAAGCGAAGCAGGAGUUCUCCCAGCAGCAAGCCGAACAUCUCGCACUUCAGCACGACCUGACUCAGGCUGAAGCGCAGCUGCGAGCUGCUGAAGGACUGCUGGCGAAGAGCGAUCUCGAGUGCUACGGGUUGAAAGACGACAUACGCUAUUUGCAGCAGAACCUGAAGCAGGUGAAGGAUAUGAACUCCAGUCUGAAGAUGAGCGUGGAGACGCUUCAGAAGCAGAAAACGAUGAUCGAAGAGGAACUCCAAAAGACAUCCCAAGUGCUUCACGAGAAGAUGGAAGCAUUGGAGGCUGAGAGGAUGAAGCUGUCAGCUGAGCAGUCCGCCAGCGCCCAGCUGCAGCGUUCCCUGCGCCGGGAGCAGCGCAGAGGCCGAACCGCGCAGGCGCUGCAGGCGGCGUUGCGGCAGCGCCUGGAGGCUGCACACAGCCAGGGUGAUCGCGCGCGGAAUGAGUUGAGGGAAGUGCGAGGCUGGGCCGAGUCCUUGGAAGAGACGGUCUCCAAGAUGCAGCAGUGCGUUGAUCAAUUUGGCAUGGAAGCCUUGAUGGAUUUGCCCACGACAUCUCAAAGUUCUCAGGAAGGUCCAGCUCUGGAUGCUUCGGAGGCGCAAACUCCGUGCCCGAUGAUCGCGCUGUCCGGUUCUCCCGGCGACGUCGCGACACCGGUGACGGGAGAGAUCUUGAGCGUGCCGACGCCUCAUCGGAGAGGUCGACAAUGGAGCCUGACCCCGGUGCGACGACAUCACCUCGCUGCCUGACAAUUCAGAAAAGACACGGUGACAUU